AGACGACAAAAAUGAAACGUUGGGCUCUAAGUAAUAGCGUACCACUAGAUGGCGCUUUAAUACACAAAGGUUGUUUCAUCAGUUUGUGAAAAGAAAGACGGUAUUGAUAAACUGUUUUUCACGGGUGUCUAUCACACGGAAUGACUUGACUUUGGCAGUGUUGGAGGCCAAUAUAUUACAGGAGUUUAAAAGAGAAAUUGACGAUUUUCUGAUAAAUAAAGGAUUUUAUAGCUGUGAUUUAGCUAAGGAAAAAAAAGAUGUCUCAGACAGAACUGACAUAUAACUCUACAUCAGGUAGUAGCCAAAGUCAGACAGAAGCCCAUGAGAAACUAGACUCAUUUUGGCUAAAUGUUAUGGAUGAAAUUAGAACAAUGAGCCAGGGGGAAUUCAAAAACCAAGAACUGCCUUUGGCAAGAAUAAAAAAGAUUAUGAAGUUAGAUGAAGAUGUUAAGAUGAUCAGUGCUGAAGCUCCAGUGCUAUUUGCCAAAGCAGCAGAAAUCUUUAUCAAUGAGUUGUCUCUACGAGCAUGGAUACAUACAGAAGAUAAUAAACGUAGGACAUUACAGAAAAAUGACAUUGCCAUGGCGAUCACAAAGUAUGAUCAGUUUGACUUUUUGAUUGACAUUGUGCCUCGAGAUGAAUUGAAACCCACCAAACGACAAGAUGAUAGUGUGAGAACUACGGCAGCCAUGCACCCAGAUCAGGUGCAGUACUACUUUCAACUAGCUCAGCAACACCAAGCAGCCUUGCAGCAACAGAACAAUACUGUUGCUACACCCCAACAGCAGACAGUGACGCAACAAGCUGCCACACCACAGAUCCAAAUUGUACAAACCAGUAGUGGCAUUCAGACUAUGGCCUCAACAACUCCAACUCUAACAGUACAAACUGCAACUCCUACUUUUUCAGUUCCUUCAGUUCUUCAAGUUCAGACAUCAGCAGCCUCAUCACCACAAGUUCUUCAACUUCCACAGACACUGCAGCAAGGACAACUUAACCAGACUGGAGGGAUUCAGUUGGUUCAGCAAGUCAUCAACAGUAAUGGAGAAAUCCAGCAGAUUCCAAUCCAGCUUACUCCAACUCAACUCCAAUUAAUUCGAAUGCAAAUGCAGGGACAAGCUGCAAAUAGCCAGCCAGUAAUUAUUCAAACAUCCCCUUUGGCUCAAGGAGCAACUGCUCAAACUGUUCAACAGGCUGCACCUCAGACCGUGUACCAGAUUCAACAAGUAGCACAGCCUGGCCAAGGAACUGCAACAACAGCUACACCCGUGUUCUUGACAUCAGCCGGUUCAGGAGGAGCUCCUACAGUGCAGUUACAGGCAGUAGCUCAGGCUGACCAUUCAGAUGGUGUAGUGGAUGAGGCUGUUUGAAACACACAUGUAGUGAUGUUGUAUCAGUAAAAUAAUGUGUACAUAUUAUGUAUUUACUUAUACCUUAAAGUCACUUGGAUAGUUUGUUUUCUCCUUGAAAGAAUUCAGUAAUUCAACCACGUAACCAAGACUUGAUAAAAAUCCAGAAUGUCUGCAGGCUGGAACGGCACAAUUUGCUUAUACUGCCAUUAAUUUCAAUGUUUCCAGGUGUAAAGAUACUUUUUUAUCCAAACAACAUGCAUGUACAGUUACUGAACGAAGUGAAAUUACAGAUUGCAUGGUGAUUUUCAAAGAUAAAAGCAUAUUUUGUAAUUUUCUGUUUUAUAAGUUAAAAAUGUAUGGAGAAAUAAACUUUGCAAGUACAUUUUCUAA